GAUUUUAAUCUCUUUUCAUAGUGUUUCAAUAAUUAUUAGUUCCACAAACAACAUUUUUUUCAUCGCUAACCUCGAGAAAGCAGCGAAGGCUUGACGUCAUCCGCUCUACGCAGCCUUCUUCUGACGUCAUAAUUUCCCGACAAGCCAACCAGAGAAUACCCGUGAAGCUUCGUCAAGUCCAAUACCAAAGCCGGAGGUAUUUACGGGAAACAUCCGUCAACAGAGGCGAUUUACAUCUCACAACAGAGACAACUGGGUUUCCAUCAGUGAACAUUGAGAGGUCUGAGCCUCCAUCAUCAUGACCGACAACAAGCCACUGGCCUUUUCCAUUAUCCAAUUCCUCCAUGCCCAGCUCCGGUCUGGAGACCUGUCCUCUUCCGCUCAGGAAAGCUUGGAAGUUGCUGUUCAGUGUCUGGAGACAGCAUUUGAAGUUUCCACGGACGACCAGAGUCUGGCAGUCCCAAUGUCAUUACCAGAGAUUUUUGCUUCGGCUACAGAAAAGUUUCCUGCUCAGUCACACGCCAACAACAACGCCACCCCGAACUCCAUCAGUGAGGAACAGAGAGCUGAGGCAGAGAGACUGAAAACGGAUGGCAAUGACCAGAUGAAAGUGGAGAACUUUAGCGCUGCAGUUGAGUUUUACUCCAAGGCCAUUGCCCUCAACCCUCAGAACGCCGUCUACUACUGCAACAGGGCUGCAGCGUACAGUAAACUAGGGAACUACGCUGGCGCAGUGCAGGACUGUGAAGAGGCCAUCAGCAUCGACCCCAACUACAGCAAAGCCUACGGCAGGAUGGGUUUGGCUUUGACCAGCCUCAACAAGCACACUGAGGCUGUGGGCUUCUACAAGAAAGCUCUAGAACUGGACCCCGACAACGACACAUACAAGGCCAACCUGAAGAUCGCAGAGGAGAAGAUGGAGACGGCCAGCCCGAGCGCAGGCUUGGGAGGAGUCGACCUCGCCGGCCUGCUCAGUAAUCCGGGCUUCAUGAACAUGGCGUCAUCGAUGAUGAACAACCCUCAGGUCCUGCAGAUGAUGUCGGGGAUGAUGUCCGGUGCAUACGGUGGGAUGGGCGGAGCUGGGGCUCCUAACACAGCUGCCUCCUCUUCUGCUCCAGGACCCGGAGAUUUAUCGGGACUGAUCCAAGCAGGUCAACAGUUUGCUCAGCAGAUGCAGCAGCAGAAUCCUGAACUCAUUGAACAGCUGAGGAGUCAAAUGCGCAAUCGUGCGCCCAGCACCGGCAAUGAGGAUCAGCAGUGACGCUCUGACGUGGUGCUCAGGUUUGGAGGGAGCAGCUGACCGUUCUUUUUCACAUUUGGAUACAUCGAAGUGGACGGACUGAAAGGAGUGUUUUUGUUUCCAUCACUGAAUAAUUCCUGCAUGAGAGGCGCCUUCCUUCAGGAGCCAUCCACACCAACAUCCCACCUCAGGCGGCUCUGGUGGUUUUGUGAAGAGGAGCAUCUUUGAUAUUGAACAUCAUAUUAAUCAACCAUGAAUGUGCUUGUAGGAACAUGGACCCAGAUAUUACACGGUUAGCAAGGACAUGGGUCAGAGUCCCAACUUGAAACUUUCUUCUUCAUAAACAACUUCAGUGUAACUUUGAUGCAAUUUUUUUUGUCUGGUGUGAGUUUUAAGUCUAUGUGUGAGUGAGUGUGAAUGAGGUUCAGUCUCUGUGGCAGUAGAGACAACGAGGGGGCAGGAAUCUGUGUCAGCUAAUAAAAAAAGCAUAUUGACAUUUCA